ACUACCCCCGCGCAGCCGCAGUGCGGAGCGAGGCAAGAUGGCGGGCCCCUUGCGCAGCCGCAGUGCGGAGCGAGGCAAGAUGGCGGGCCCCUUGCGCAGCCGCAGUGCGGAGCGAGGCAAGAUGGCGGCGGUUGUCCUGGUCAGGUCCAUGAGCAGCUGGAGGAGGAUGAUGCAGAAAUGCCGGUCAGGUGCCUGGAGCUCAGGGGCACCGCUGUGCCCCCUGUGCCAACCGGCGCUCUUAGGCACUGCCCCGGGCUCUCGUCUCGUCCUCCCGUUGCCCGUUGGCGUGCGGUACAACAGCGCGGCGUCUUCACCGCAGCAGGUGUCCCCCAGUGAGGAGAUCGCCCAGUCGCUGGCUUCGGUGCCUGCUGCCCUGCCCAGCCCCCCAGCUGAGCUGCUGGACGCGACUCUGGCCCAGGAGGCCGGCCUGGCAGAGCUGGGCCUGGGAGGGUACACCCCGGUCGGCCUGGUCCAGCAAAUCCUGGAGUUCAUCCACCUGGAGGUCGGCUUGCCCUGGUGGGGUGCCAUCGUGGCUGGGACAGUGUUGGCACGAACCCUGGUCUUCCCGGUCAUUGUGAAGGGUCAGCGGGAAGCAGCCAAACUCAACAACCACCUGCCGGAGAUGACCAAACUCACCAACAGGAUGAACGAGGCGAAGACCACCGGCAACAAGUUCGAAUUUGCGAAAGCGUACUCGGACCUGAUGCUGUUUCAGAAGAAGCACGACGUUAAUCCUCUCCGGGGCUUCCUCGUUCCCCUCAUCCAGGCGCCCAUCUUUAUCUCGUUCUUUGUUGCCCUGAGACAGAUGGCCUACCUGCCCGUGCCCAGCCUCCAGACAGGGGGCCUCUGGUGGUUCACGGAUCUCACUGCCGCAGACCCCUUCUACCUGCUGCCCGUGGUUGUCACGGGAACCAUGUGGGGCAUCCUGGAGCUUGGUGCUGAGUCCGGUGUUGACAAUCCGAACCUGCGGACGAUGAAAGCCGUGUUCCGGAUCAUGCCUUUGGUGAUCCUGCCGUUCACGAUCUCGUUCCCCACGGCGGUCUUCACCUACUGGCUGACCUCCAACCUCUACUCCCUGGUCCAAGUCGCCUUCCUGCGCCUGCCCGCCGUCCGCAGGAAGCUGCAGAUUCCCGAUCGGAUCAAACACGACGUUUCGGCACUGCCUCGCAACGAGGGCUUCCUCAAAAGCAUGAAGUCAGGCUGGAAGAACGCCCAGGCGGCCCAGCAACUUCAGGAGAGGGAGCGGAGGAUUAAACAACACCUGGAUCUCGCGGCGAAAGGGCCCCUGAGACAGACCUUUGCUGAGAACCCCCUGCAGCAGAAGGAGAACACGUCCAGCCCUCUGGGGAGGGUGAGCCCGAGCAAGAAACGGCCGUGGGAGGACACCAUCGGCUAACCAGCCCCUCGGCCUGGCUGAAGGAACUCUCUCUCUCUCCAGCUCAGUGUACAGCAAGUGACUUUUUAUUAAAAACUGUUUAUGUCAGUGUGA